ACGAAAGCUCAGUGAGGUCUCGAACCGGGAUACUUGCAAUGCCGAAUUGCACGACCAAUCUCACUUGGUAUCUUGGAAAGUUUAUUAUCGGAUUUACUGGAGUAUUAUUUCUUUAUGUCAGUUUCUUGAAAGAAAAUGAGAGAAGCUGCGUGUGCGACAUCAGAAUGAGAGAAUUACUAAGGGAGAAAAACGAAAAGCGACUGAGUAGAUGCAAAUGCGCAAAAGGGACACAAAGUAAACGUUACUCAUGUGGGUGCAACAAGCCGCAGCAGUUGAUGCGGGACGAUAUAACACCGGCGGUUUCAAAUGAUAUUAAUAGGCAUAAGAAGUCAGUUUAUCCGAAAAGUCGUUGUUGCGCCAGAAGAAAUUCUUGCUAAGAAAGAGAAACGAUAACUCUCCGAGGAUAAGACCUUCCAUUUAGAAUGGCUUUUUUGGGGGAAUUUGUACCAUUUAUUCACUAAUCGUUACUUCAAUGUAUCAAAUCCGUAGAGGGGAAAGAAAUUUCAAGCUUAAAACUGGUCAAGAUUCACACAUUUUCCACUAUAAAUGAAUUGUAUGAAAGGGAAAACAUGUCGGUAAAUUAUACGUAGACUCGUUGAAAUUACGUAAAAGACAAUUGUAUUUUGUAUUUACGUGUAAUUGCGAGUUUUUAAUGUGUCGUGAUUUAAUCGAAUUUACUCGAAAGAGAAAUUCCGUGGCGUAUGUUCCAAUUAUCAAUUGCCGAAUUGUACAUGUCGACGAUCGGCGGGGUCUAUAGACACAUUGUCACGAAUGUAGCUCGUUACACAUAUAUUAUGCGUAACAGAUUAGUGCUAUUGUGCGUAAUAGAUAGCAACAGUUAUGUGUAUCUUUAUGUAUAAUUGGCGACUAGCGAGUAAGCUACGAGAAAUUCUAUGAAUAAAUUCGGCAUACUGUAGGAGAGUGACACGCCCGGUCGCACGCUCCGAAAAUCCGAAACUCGAUUAAUACGCGUCCCAUCUGUAGGUGAAGAGUCUAUAAGUAGAUCCUGCGCGGGCAGAACGUCAGUCAUAUUCGUAUAUUAUUUAUACUGACCUCGUAGACACGAGACACCUCCUCGUCGCUAACGAGAUGGUCGCUUAGUUUCAUCGUGUAAUGUGUAAUAUAUAUUUAAUAUAUUUUCAUCAAUCGCGCAUGAAUUGUUGGAAUACAAAAGCUGAAACCCCGGUAGAGAGAUUACAGAUUACAGAUAAAGUAUUAGUGGAGAUAUAAUCUUUCGUUUACAAGAUGUAUGCACCACCUCGGGUCUUUUGACGUUAAUCUAUGCGAGAACUCUCUGAAUGGCAGGCUUUGUAAGAGAAACGUCGCAGCUGCGUCUCUUUCGUAUUUUGCGCGCAUUCCGAUGAAAUAAAACGAGAUACGGGCAAGGGUAGCGGCCUGAGUCGAGAAGAAAUAUUUCGAAACGGGAAGAUGUUAAAUGAGCGAACUGUCCGACUGUCACUCUG